GUUCUUUCUUCUCGGACAACGUUGUCGACUGAGGAAGCCUUGCUGUUUCUUUUGCUUUACGACUCACUCAACCACCUUGAGUCGCCGACGGCAACCUCCGCUCUGAAACCCUGAAAUAUUCCUCCAUUUCUCUCUUCCUUCUUACGAAUUUGAAUUCUAUUGUAGCUCAGAAUUUCUAAACACCUUGAAGAUUUCAAACUUUUAUUCUCGGAUUUUACUGAAUUUCGUUGUCUUGUUUGAAAAUUCUGAGAAAUCUUGGGGGUUAUAGGGUUUCAAUUGGAGAUGGCAGUUGCAAUGGAUGAUCUUCUUCAGUCAGUGGAGUUGCUCUUGCGGAUCCUUAAGAAGCCACCGCCUCAGCCUUAUGUUAACCCUGAUCUUGACCCGGUCCUGUUGGUUCCUGGAAUUGCUGGUUCAAUCCUGAAUGCUGAAGACGAUAAUGGUAAAACGGAGCGAGUCUGGGUUCGGCUUCUUGCUGCUGAUUACACAUUCAGGACGAAGCUAUGGUCCCGUUUUGAUCCUUCUACUGGGGAAACAGUUUCUUUGGAUUCAAAAACAAGAAUUGUUGUGCCUGAAGACAGAUACGGGUUGUAUGCAAUUGACGUCUUGGACCCUGACAUGAUUAUUGGACGUGAAUGUGUUUAUUAUUUCCAUGACAUGAUAGUGGAAAUGAUAAAGUGGGGUUUUCAAGAGGGAAAAACAUUAUUUGGAUUUGGUUAUGAUUUCCGCCAAAGUAAUAGAUUUCAAGAAACCAUGGAUCGGUUCACUGCCAAACUAGAGUCAGUUUAUAAUGCUUCUGGAGGGAAAAAGAUCAACAUCAUAAGUCACUCUAUGGGGGGCUUAUUGGUGAAAUGUUUCAUGUGCUUGCACAGUGAUGUUUUUGAGAAAUAUGUGAAGAAUUGGAUUGCAAUUGCUGCACCAUUCCGGGGUGCACCUGGAUAUAUUACAUCUACCUUCUUGAAUGGAAUGUCAUUUGUGGAGGGGUGGGAACAAAAUUUUUUCAUAUCAAAAUGGAGCAUGCACCAACUGUUGAUCGAAUGCCCAUCAAUUUAUGAGUUGAUGGCUUGCCCUAAUUUUGAUUGGGAAGCAGUUCCACGUCUAGAAAUAUGGAGAGAUAAGCUGGACAGUGAUGGUAACUCUACUAUUAUGCUAGAGUCAUAUGGGCCAGAAGAAAGCAUAUCUAUAUUUAAGGAAGCCCUGACAAGUAACAUGGUCAAUUAUGAUGGGGUGGUUAUUCCUCUACCAUUCAACACAGAGAUCUUGAAAUGGGCUAGUGAAACUCAGAGUGUUUUAUCAUGUGCUAAGGUUCCCCCGCAAGUUAAAUUUUACAACAUAUAUGGGACUAACAAUGACACACCUCAUACUGUUUGUUAUGGGACUGAGGAAACACCUGUUAAGGACUUUAAGGAGCUACCAUUCUUCAAGGCUAAAUACAUAUGCAUUGAUGGUGAUGGAACAGUUCCAACAGAAUCAGCUAUGGCAGAUGGACUUGAUGCAGAGGCAAGGGUUGGAGUCCCUGGUGAGCACCGGGGCAUACUCUGUGAUCGGCAUGUAUUUCGGAUACUCAAGCACUGGCUCAAGGUGGGUGAGCCAGAUCCUUUCUACAAUCCUCUGAACGAUUAUGUGAUCCUACCAACCGCCUUCGAUAUGGAAAAGCACCGAGAAGGUGGUUUGGAUGCAACGUCACUCAAAGAAGAAUGGGAAAUCAUCUCCAAGGGCCAAGACGACCAAGGUAUAAAUAUAGAUGAAAAUAAGCAACUUGUGAGCUCAUUAUGUGUUUCUCAGGUGGAAAAGGAUCAAUGUUCAGAGGCUGGAGCUUGUGCUGCCAUUGUUGUUCACCCCCAGAGUGAGGGAAAUCAACAUUUUGAGUUCAGAGCAGUUGGUGUGUCAACAGCCUGCUAAGAUGGCAUCACUUAGGGUUAGCAAGUGAGGCCUCAGCUUCUACCAAUGUAUCUAAAAUUGUAUAGUUGAAAGUACUCUCAAUGUAAAUAUGAUCUUGAAAGGACUACAUAGUACAUACUACUCAGAAUGCGAUGCUGAAUAUUAUACUCUGGAAAUAUUGAUAACUAUAUUAUUAGUUUAUAAUAAUAUGUACAUAGGGAUGAUGAAUAUUUUGGACACUGGAAA